AUGAAGGAUGAGACCUUGCUCACUUGUUUUUAUGAUGGGCUCACCAACUUGGAAAGAGAUAUGCUUGAUGCUGCUUCUGGAGGAUCAUUUGUUGACAAGGAACCUACAGCUGGAAUGACCUUAAUUGAGAAUAGGGCCUUGAAUCAACAACAAUAUGGAAGUUCCAAUACCACCCAUACACAUGAAAAAGUCCAUGAGCUUAUACUUCGGCUCAAUUGGAAGGGCCUUGCAUUUCGGGGCCAUGAUGAGUCAGACAAUUCAAGCAAUCAAGGUAACUUUCUUGAGCUUUUGCAAUUUCUUGCUGAUCAUGAUGAAGAAGUUAGAGCUUUUGCAUUGAAAAAUGCUCCAGAAAACCUCAAAAUGACAUCACCAAUGAUUCAAAAAGACAUAGUACAUGCUGCUGCAGUUGAAACCACAAAUGCACAUCAGCUUCAGUUAGCUUUGGUGGCUGUAGUAAAGAAACAUAGCAUUGUAGGUGCCUUCUUCACAUCAGUUGGUCAUGUUGUAAAUAUUGUUGGUGCAUCUUCUAAACGGCAUGACAUUCUUCGAGAAAAACAGUCUCUCAAAGUUGUUCAAGCAUUGAAAGUUGGAGAACUUUCAAGUGGAAGAGGCUUAAAUCAAGAUAUUGAGAUUAAGCGAUCAGCCGAUACACGUUGGAUCUCACAUUAUGGUACGCUCAUAAACUUUACUGCCAUGUUCUCUCCCAUAAUUGAUGUGCUAGAUGAAAUUGCAUUUGACAAAGUAGGUUCUGAUCAGAAACAUGAUGCAUUUAUUUCAUUGGGGUUAUUGCAAUCUUUUGAUUUCAUAUUUAGUCUGCACUUGAUGAGGAUUGUACUUGGAAUUAGUCAUGAGUUGUCACAAGCCUUGCAAAAAGAUGAUCAAGAUAUAGUAAAUGCAAUGGAUUUAAUGAAAAUUUGCAAGAGAAAAUUGCAAGAUAUAAGGGAUAAUGGAUGGGAUUCUUCACUAGAGCAGGUUGUUGUCUUUUGUGGCAAGGAAAAUAUUAUGGUUCCCAACAUGAGUGAUCAGCAUCUAUGUAAAUGGAAAUCAAAACGCAAAAGUCCAGAAAUCAUAAAUCUGCACUAUUAUCGCUUUGAUUUCUUUUGUGCUGUGAUAGAUCUCCAACUUCAAGAGCUAAACAAUCGUUUCAAUGAGGUUAAUACUGAGCUACUCCUUUGUUUGGCAUGUUUACGUCAAAAUCAUUCAUUUUAUGCUUUCAACAAGCAACGUUUGAUGCGUCUUGCUCAAUUUUAUCCGGAUGAUUUUUCUACAUCAGAUUUGCUGGUACUACAAUCUCAGCUUGAUAUUUAUAUUUAUGAUAUGCAAUCUAACACAAAGUUUCAAGACUUGCAAGGAAUUUCUUCUCUAGCACAGAAACUUGUCGAGACAGGAAAGCACAAGACAUAUCCAUUUGUCUAUCUACUCAUAACCUUGGCACUAGUACUUCCAGUUGCAACAGCCAUCGUUGAAAGAGCAUUCUCUGCCAUGAACAUCAUACAAAAUCGAAUGCGAAAUCGAAUGGGAGAUCAGUGGUUGAAUGAUAGCUUAACGGUAUACCUUGAGAAAGAUAUAUUCAAUGCCAUUGACAAUGAGCCUAUAAUUCAACGAUUCCAAAACAUGGCUCGUCGUUGA